AUGCCUCGUCCAGUAUGCGCGAGUCACUUUGGGCGCCUGUCCUCACCCGCCUGCUCAAAAAAUUGUUUCUACAACUCAAUAUUAACUAGAACACCUACAACAACAGGUUACGGUACACCACGACCAGUAUCAAUGAGGGGGACGUCCUCCCAUAAGGAGCAGUCCACCUGCUCUUGGUUCUCGACUACUGCAACAAGUAGUUCCUCAAGUACAAGUAGUACAAGACCCUCAUCCUCCACUCCGCAUAGUUCAGAGCGUUCUCCUUUAGGGAGUCGAGACGCCAUGGUAGAGAACACAGGUUCCGUUGCUAGGGACCACCUCGCGAACGAGAGGACGUUUCUGGCUUGGGCGCAGGUCGGCCUGGCGUUCACUGCGGCUGGCACUGCACUUUUUUCGGCGUAUCAAACUGAACGGGAAGUAUCAAGUAAAGUACGCGGCAUCAUCCAAGAUGAAAAUAGUACGAAUGCAACCGAUACUUCUAGUUCGAGUUCAAGUUCUCCUGGUGCUCCUGCUGCCCCGAGCCCGACAAGGGGAGUUGGAGCAGUUCCAACAGAUAGUUCUCAACAUGUCCCGACCCCGAUAAGGGGAGCUGGAGCAGGAAAAAAACCUGUGGUUGUGGCGAGGAGCACCCUCACUCGAGAAGAGAAGAUAGCCAUAGGUGCGGGACUUCUCUGGCUAAAUGGUGGCAUCCUCCUUGUUUACAGCUUGUACAGAUAUCGCUCGGUACAAAGUGCUUUGAUUAAGGCUAGACACUCACUAUCAAUCUGGUGUGAGGAUUCCAGAGUGGAGUCUUCCUCUUCAAGGUCAAAAGUCAAGGGAAUUCUAACCGGGAGGAAGGGAAUUCACUCAACCGAGGAUAGCGAGUGUAUAGCGUUAAUCUGAAAAGGGGAAAAUUCAUUCUCGCGAAAAGAGGCUUGUUUGCAGUCACCUUUGCCACUGCUCUGUGCACGUCUGGGACACUUGCAAUGGUCUACACUGGAUAGGAUAGAAGAGACAAGAAGAGGAAGACAGUCUGCAGUGAAGAAUAUUGCUCAGAAGCCUGUAAAGAUAAUAGUACAAAGAGAAACUACUUGGACUUGCAGCCACUCUGUUGAGCUUUCUGAAGUUCAGAACUAGGGAGCGACACUCCUAGAAAGUGCUUAUUUUGCUCUUCCUGAUUCAUCAGUGUUGUACGGUGUGUCGUGGUCAACCAUGCUCAUAAGAUAGAUCAGUAGCUAUCGAGGAAGACAGAGGAAAGGGCAUCGGUGACGCGACUUGCGAACGCAGUGUGGUAUU